CGCACCCCAGAGCAUGUGUGUCAGAGGAGAAGAGAGCUAUGGGAUUUUUGAUGUCUGAGGGAAAUAGAGAACAGCAGACUCUAUUUGUAUAGUGCCCAGUAAUAGGUGCAUGGGAAUGUACAAUAGGUAUAAUAAUGUUUUUAAGUAAACACCAUUUUUGAAUGCAUGAUUUAGGAAGGAAAACCUUUUUUUUUUGUUUUGUUUUGCAGAUAUACAGAUCAGCUCUCAAAAUGUCUUCUGUGUCUUCCGUGCAUCUUCUAAGACAAUUGCAUUAGCCCGCCUGCUAGUUGACUAAUAGAAUUAAUAAUUGUAAAAAGCACUCUAAAGCCACAUGCCUUAUGAAGUCAAUGCUGGGUAUGAUUUUACAAAUAUGGUCCGGAAAAAGAAUCCCCCUCUAAGAAACGUUGCUAGUGAAGGUGAGGUACAGACCCUUGAGUCUACAGGUACUGAAAGUGAAGAGUCUGGAAGGAAAAAAGAAUUUUCUGCAGAGCAGAUGCAAGAAAACACUGACCAGGGUGAUGCGGCAGAGUUAAGUAACAAGGAGGAACUUUGCAUGCAUGUCCAAGAGCCAUCUUCCAGUGUUAAAAAGGACUUGAAAAGCUCAGUGCUGAGUGAAAAGGCUGGCUUCAAUUAUGAAAGCCACAAUAAGGGCGGAAAUGUUCCAUCCUUCCCUCAUGAUGAGGUGACAGACAGAAAUAUGCUGGCUUUCUCAUCUCCAGCUGUUGGGGGAAUCUGUCAGCCCUUGAAGUCUCCUCAAAAAUCAGAUGCAGAUGACACCCAAGAUGUGGUCUGUACCCCGUCAGGAGAUGCAGCGGAGACAAACGAGGAGCAUCAGAUGUCGCCAAAAGCUUCAGAUGAAACAGUGCAAGUGCAAAGUGGUCAAACUGAUGGCCAAGGCUCAAGCCCGGUCCCCAUGGCCUCAAAAAACCCACAAGUGCCUUCAGAUGGGGGUUUAAGGCUGAACAAAUCAAAAGCAGAUUUGUUGGUAAAUGAUAAUCCAGAUACAGCGCCUCUGUCUCCAGAGCUUCAGGACUUCAAAUGCAACAUCUGUGGGUAUGGUUACUAUGGGAACGACCCCACAGAUCUCAUCAAACACUUCCGCAAGUACCACCUAGGACUGCACAACCGCACCAGGCAGGAUGCUGAGCUUGACACUAAAAUUUUGGCUCUCCACAACAUGGUGCAAUUCAGCCACUCCAAAGACUUCCAGAAAGUCAACCGCACUGUGCUUUCAGGGGUACUGCAGGACAUCAACUCCCAGAGGCCUGUCUUAUUAAAUGGGACUUACGAUGUGCAGGUUACUUUAGGUGGAACCUUUAUUGGAAUUGGGCGGAAAACUCCAGAUUGCCAAGGCAACACCAAGUACUUCCGCUGCAAAUUCUGCAAUUUCACCUACAUGGGCAACUCCUCCACUGAACUAGAGCAACACUUCUUACAGACUCACCCAAACAAAAUGAAAGCAGCCCUUCCCUCCUCUGAUACUGGUAAAACUUCAGAGAAAAACUCCAAUAAAUCCAGUCCUACUCUUCGACCAUGUGAUUCUGGAGACUUGGGGAAGUGGCAAGACAGAAUCACUGUUAAAGCAGGAGAUGAUACGCCAGUUGGAUAUUCGGUGCCCAUCAAGCCAAUAGAUUCCUCUAGACAAAAUGGUACCGAUACAACCAGUUACUACUGGUGUAAAUUUUGCAGUUUCAGCUGCGAAUCAUCCAGCUCUUUGAAACUAUUAGAACAUUACAGCAAACAGCAUGGGGGAAGCCAGGCAGGAAGCCUUCACCCAGAUCUGAAUGAUAAGCUUUCUAGAGGAUCUGUCAUUAACCAGAAUGAUCUAGCCAAAAAUGCAGAUGGGGAGUUAGUGACAAAGACAGAAAAGGGUGCGAGUGUGGCAAAAAAGAAAGACUUGAGUAGCAAAGGAGCAGAGGACAGCAUGGUGACAAGCUACAACUGUCAGUUUUGUGACUUUAGGUACUCAAAGAGCCAUGGCCCAGAUGUAAUAGUGGUGGGCCCACUUCUCCGUCACUAUCAGCAGCUACACAACAUUCAUAAAUGUACCAUUAAGCACUGUCAGUUCUGUCCCCGAGGCCUCUGCAGCCCAGAAAAGCACCUUGGAGAAAUUACUUAUCCAUUUGCUUGCAGAAAAAGUAAUUGUUCCCACUGUGCUCUCUUGCUUUUGCACCUGUCUCCAGGGGUGACAGGAAGCUCUAGAGUCAAACACCAGUGCCAUCAGUGCUCAUUCUCCACUCCCGACGUGGACGUUCUCCUGCUCCACUAUGAGAAUGCACACGACGGCCAAGCGUCUGAUGUCAAACCAGAAACAAACACCCUGCCAGGGGCAGAGGGGCUGCUGACGCUCAAGGAGAACAAAGAACACUCAUGUACCAAAUGUGACUUUACCACCCAGGUGGAAGAAGAGAUUUCCCGACACUACAGGCGAGUACACAACUGCUACAAAUGCCGUCAGUGCAGCUUCACAGCUGUUGACACUCAGUCACUACUAGAGCACUUCAACACCGUGCACUGUCAGGAGAUGGACAUCACUACAGCCAAUGGGGAGGACAGUCAUGGUGUUUCAUCUAUCAAGGAGGAGCCAAAAAUUGACCUUAAGGUCUACAGUCUGAUUAAUCCAGACCCCAAAAUAGGGGAGCCCAUAUCUGACAGCAUAGUGAAGAGGGAAAAGAUAGAAGAUAAGGAAGUGCUCAAGGAGAAAGGCUGGACUGACAGUCCCAGUGAUGAUCUUCGCAAUGUGACCUGGAGAGGAACAGACAUUUUGAGGGGGAGCCCAUCAUACACACAGACCAGUCUGGGCUUACUGACCCCCGUGUCUGUUGGCCAAGAGCAGUCAAAGCCUUUAAGGGAUAGUCCAAAUGUAGAAGCUGCCCAUCUUGCAAGGCCCAUUUAUGGCUUGGCAGUGGAGAGCAAGGGUUUCCUGCAGGGUGUCCAAGCUGGAGCAGCAGAGAAAGCCGGGCAGCUCACCCAGCCCUACUCCGGAUCCGGGGACGGCAAGGCAAAAGAUGAAUCCCAGUCCUUAUUACGGAGACGUAGAGGCUCGGGUGUUUUCUGUGCCAAUUGCCUGACCACAAAGACCUCUCUCUGGCGAAAGAAUGCAAAUGGUGGAUAUGUAUGCAACGCGUGUGGCCUCUACCAGAAGCUUCACUCGACUCCCAGGCCUUUAAACAUCAUUAAACAGAACAAUGGUGAACAGAUCAUUAGGAGACGAACAAGAAAGCGCCUUAACCCGGAGGCACUUCAGGCUGAGCAGCUAAACAAACAGCAGAGGGGUAGCAGUGAGGAGCAAGUCAAUGGAAGCCCCUUAGAGAGGAGGUCAGAGGAUCAUUUACCUGAAGGUCAUCAGAGAGAAAUUCAGCUUCCCAGCCUCAGUAAAUACGAGGCCCCAGGUUCAUUGACUAAAAGCCAUUCUGCUCAGCAGCCAAUACUGGUCAGCCAAACUCUGGAUAUUCACAAAAGGAUGCAACCUUUGCACAUUCAGAUAAAAAGUCCUCAGGAAAGUACUGGAGACCCAGGAAACAGUUCAUCGAUAUCAGAAGGGAAAGGAAGCUCAGAGAGAGGCAGCCCAAUAGAAAAAUACAUGAGACCUGUGAAACACCCAAACUAUUCUCCACCUGGAAGCCCUAUUGAAAAAUACCAGUACCCACUUUUUGGACUUCCGUUUGUACACAAUGACUUUCAGAGUGAAGCUGACUGGCUGAGAUUCUGGAGUAAAUAUAAGCUGUCUGUUCCUGGGAACCCACACUACUUGAGUCAUGUGCCUGGCCUACCAAAUCCUUGCCAAAACUAUGUGCCUUAUCCCACCUUUAAUCUGCCUCCUCAUUUUUCAGCUGUUGGAUCAGACAAUGACAUUCCUCUUGAUUUGGCGAUAAAGCAUUCCAGACCUGGGCCAACUGCAAAUGGUGCCUCCAAGGAAAAGAGUAAGGCACCACCAAAUGUAAAAAAUGAAGGUCCCUUGAAUGUAGUAAAAACAGAGAAAGUUGAUAGAAGUACUCAAGAUGAACUUUCUACCAAGUGUGUGCACUGUGGCAUUGUCUUUCUGGAUGAAGUGAUGUAUGCAUUGCAUAUGAGUUGCCAUGGUGACAGUGGACCUUUCCAGUGCAGCAUAUGCCAGCAUCUUUGCACGGACAAGUAUGACUUCACAACUCACAUCCAGAGGGGCCUACACAGGAACAAUGCACAAGCUGAAAAGAAUGGAAAACCUAAAGAGUAAACCUUAGCACUUAGCACAAUUAAACAGAAAUAGGUUUCCUUGAUGGGAAUUCAAUAGCUUGUAAUGUCUUGUGAAGACCUAUAAAGCACUUCGUAUAGAGAGCAUGCCUUAUCCAAUAUUAAAUCCCUUGUUAUUUUUUUCUUUUUCUUCUUUAUUUUUUCUUUUUUUUUUCAUUUUUUUUUCCUUUAUUUUUUUUUUCCUUUUAAAUGAGUGGGUUACCAAGAAAAAAGAACAGUUGGAUGGUGGCCAGAAGGGGAGGAAGAUAAUUCAUUGGGACAUGGCCCACCAAAGCUAGCCAGAAUGCAGUGAAUCAUGCCGAAUAACCUUGAGAAAAUGUUACUGGACAAUUAAUACCUCUGCUGUUGUGUAAGAGACAUAACUGGCAAGAGUGCAAAGAUGUGUAUAUGUAUAUACUGCUGCAGGGGUGUAGUGAACAUAUGCACAUUGUAUAUAAGAGCUAGACGUGUUAAAUAUACACAUGUUAAAAGGUCAUUUUCUUUUCUUUAAUUUGGGCAAAUUUCUGCCCU